ACAUUUCGCCUGUUACUCAGUACGGAGAUGGACGUCUUUAUCAGAGGCAUUUGUGUGCUUACAUUUGCUUUUCUCGUAGGCCAGGCGAUCUGCGGCUUGGAUAGAGAAUUCCUUCGCUCUGGAGAUAAAGACGUGGAGGAGUUCGAGAUAUCUUCUAAUGACAUAACCAAUGAUGCUGGUGUCAAAGAGGAUUUUUAUACUGAAGACAGGACCGAGAGCAGUGUUGUAGAAAGUGACGAAAAUGUCCACAAUUCCACAGUCAAUAAAACUCUAACCGUAACAAAUGGCGGUCGGUGGGGUGAUUGGGGCCCGGUGCAGUACUGUCCAAAAGGGUCUUAUGCCAUCGGUUACGACAUGAAGAUUGAACCGAAACAAAAGGUUGACAAUACAGCGUUGAAUGCCAUCAAGCUUGUCUGUGAAUCCUUAGAAGGGAAUGAAUCUGGUGAGAUCACGUCAACCCAGGGACACUGGGGUUCUUGGGUUGGACGAACGUUCUGUCCAUCCGAAUCGGGCGGACGUCUGCAUCUAACCUCCUUUGACCUUCAAGUGCAGCAAAAGCAGGGUUUUUUCAAAGAUGACACUGCUGCGAACUACGUGAAGUUCAGAUGCCGCAGUGGCAGCGGACGCCAGUACGAAAUAGUCAAACCGCCGGGACAUGGUUUAUUUGGUACAUGGGGAGCAUGGAGCGACGAGUGUACGCUCGGCACUUCAAUUUGUGGAAUCAUGACAAGAGUGGAAAAACCUAGAGGUCCUUUCCGCGACGAUACCGCUCUGAAUGAUGUCAAAUUUUACUGUUGUAAAUUACCUGUGUAAUAUCACACUAAAAUUAAGCAUCUCAAGAAACGGUGCUUUAUUUCUAAAUGACGUUUCUAGUCAAUUUAUAAACAAAAAUACAAUUUUUACUCAACAGAAUACUUAUCGUAUCUGAGCUAUGAUGAUACACACUGUAUAAGUAGAAAAUACUACACAUUUAAAAAUGUUAGGUUUCCUUUCAAAACACCAACAACUGAAGCACCCCUUUUUUAAGUUUCAAACCACCAAGCUGACAAAAGAAAUGUAAAGGCAUGUGCUUUUCAAAAACGUAUUAUCUUCAAAUGAUCAAUUUGACAGUUUCAUUUCAUGAUCUAUAUUUGUUACGGCAUAAUAUUUACAUUGAACUUUGCAAAAAUGUUUUAUAAGGGAAUAAAAUAAAUUGUAAAACCUAAGUGGUAUCUUAGAUACAUAUUGCGCCAGACAGACGAACACAUAUAUGCUAGCUGCUUUCUUAAUGUAUGUCCUAAUUAACUUAUAGACUCAGAAUGUUGUCCGGCAAUUCUCUUUUUCUCUUUAGGGUUUGCAUCAUGAUUUUAGUAACUUGUAUCUAAUGUCUACCAAAUUUUAUCAUAUCAUUUAUUUAUGUUAUUUAUAUUAAUACGAGUAUUUUUCAAUAAAUACAAUCUGCAACUAUUA